AUGUCGGGCCGGAACUGCUCGUACAUCACCGGCUACGUGGAUCCCGACUUUCCGAACCCAGGCGGGCCGAAUGAUUCCUGCAUCAUCAUCUACGGCUACACCCCCUCCCUCCCCCUCUGCAUCCUCGCCCUCGCCCUCUUCUCCGCCGCCCUGCUCGCCCACACGCUCCUCCUCCUCCGCCACCGCACAUACUACCUCUCCACCCUCCCGCUCGGCCUCGCCUUUGAAAUCACCGGCUACGCCGCCCGCACCCUCUCCAGCCAGCGCAGCCCGUACUCGGUCCCGUACUUUGUCAUCCAGUACUUUUUCAUCGUCACCGCGCCCGUGUUUAUCUCUGCUGCGAUUUACACGCUUGUUAGUGUGCUGAUGGUGCGGUUUGGUGGUGCUGGGGGGAUCCUCGGCCUCGGCCCCCGCGCCGUCUUAUGGCUCUUCAUAACAUGCGACAUCCUAACAACAACAAUCCAAAUCGCCGGCGCCGCCCUCGUCGGCACAGCAUACUCCAACCGCCGCGACCCCACUACACCAAACAACAUCCUGCUCGCCGGCCUAGCCAUCCAAGUCGCCACCUUCGCCGCCUUCUUCGUAGUUCUCGGUCUGUUUAUACGUAGGAGCUGGCGCGCGAUGGACGGGCGGAUGAGGAGGUUUGUCGGCGGCGCGGUGGUCGGGGCGAGUGGGGCGGUGUAUGUGAGGACUUGUUUUCGGUUGGCGGAGACGGCGGGGGGGGUCAUGAGUGGGGUUAGUACGCGGGAGGGGUUCUUUGCGGGGUUGGAGUUUGUGCCUGUUGUGCUUGCGGUUUGGGUUUUUGUGGGGUGGUUUCCCGGGUGUAGCAGCAGAAGCAUGAAGCAGAAGCAGAAGCAGAAGUAG